GGACGCGCGCUACUAACAAAACGUGAAUUGGUGCAACAAAUGUGCGCUUCAAGAUAUUUUGCAGAAGCGUAAAUUGUCCGUAUUUAUAUUAGCUCGCUGAUAGAGCUGAGUUCAGUAAUACGGAGGAACUGUAUCAGUUCACAAGGUAAGGUAAGGAAAAAAGAUGCCAUUUUCGAGAGGCAAAAAGCCCACGACCAGCAAGAUCCCCAAACUAGGCGCCAGAAGUUCGGAGAAUCAGGCGGACAUCUCUCAGGCCAAGCGAUCAUCCUCUCCGCCUCAGGGAGCUCCCAGGAAGAGGACCGCGUUUAUUGAUAUCACUAAUGCUCACAAGCUCGAGCUUAGCAACCCUAUAAAGAAGAAAGAUCUGAUCAAGAAGGUGCAGAAGAAAACCUCAGUGGCUGCCAAGAAUGAAGCCAACCUAAAGAAGUCUGCCUCAGUGAGUUCCGAGGACAAGCCAGUGGUGGCGGAGAGCGAAGUGUCCCUGGCGGAGAAACCAGAGGAGCCCGUUUCCGGUCCUCCCUUCCUGCCACGUCUCCUGCCACCUGAGAUACCCCCAGAGUUUGACAUCGACUCUGAUACUUCAAAUGACUGCACAUACACGCCAGAAUACGCCAAAGACAUUUUUGACUACCUCAAGAACAGAGAAGAGAAACAUGUCUUGCACGACUACAUGGGCAGCCAGGCGGGCCUGAACCAGAACAUGAGAGCUGUCUUGGUGGACUGGCUGGUGGAGGUGCAGGAGAAUUUCGAGCUGAAUCACGAGACGCUUUACCUAGCGGUGAAGAUAACCGAUCACUACCUGGCUGUGGUCCAGGCCAGCAGAGAGUCCCUCCAGCUCAUUGGCUCCACGGCCAUGCUUCUCGCCUGCAAGUUUGAGGAGCGGCUACCCCCAUGUGUUGACGACUUCCUGUACAUCUGUGAUGAUGCGUACAAGCGCUCUCAGCUCAUUGCCAUGGAAAUGAGCAUCUUGCAUGCACUCAGUUUUGACAUCAACAUCCCCGUGGCUUACCGCUUCCUGCGCCGCUACGCCAAGGACUGCUGUGCGUUCGUGUCCUGUGUGCAGUGUGUGAACGCUGGGAUGGACACACUCACGCUGGCGCGUUUCGUGUGUGAGCUCAGCUUGAUGGACAUGUGCUUCGUCCCCGUGCGAGGUUCACUGCUGGCCUCUGCCUGCCUGCUGAUUGCCCUGGUGACCAAGGACCUUGGAGGAUGGAGCGAAUGUCUGCAGUUUCACUCGGGCUACCGUGCAGAAGACCUGGGGCCCGUCGCACGCCACCUGCACCGCAUGCUGAGCAGCACGCCCGACGCCAAGCUGGCCACCAUCCGCAGCAAGUACUCCCACAAGGUUUUCUUUGAAGUCGCUCUGAUACCCACGCUGAGCUUGGACAAGCUGGAGACGUUUUUGAAGUGAGCCAAAGCCAAAGAAUCUUAUUGCUAAUGUAAAUAUUUGUAUUUAAUAUUGUACAUCAUAAAGUUUGUUGUGGUGUUUGUGGUUACAGAACGAGUGUAUUUUACAGUUUAUGCUUUAAAGAAUUAUAAAUGCAGUUGAAGACAAGUUUGCAGGAAAAAAAAUGGUAUAAUGUGUAACCUCAGCAAGAUCAAAUGCAAGGACAUGUUACAGAAACCUCUUCUAAUGCUGCAGUACAUUAAUGACAAUUGUUUUACAAUUAUAAACAAUGUUCUUAAAGUCUUAUUUUCAAUAUUAAACCAUGUAACCUAUACAUGUCUGUAAAUAUUGGUUAUAUUUGUAUUAAUUGUUUUACAAGUCUGUAAAAUUACAAUUUUUAAUG